AUGGCGGAAGUAAAACAAUCUAAGAAUGACAAACUACAGCUGUCCUCUGCCGUGGCCUCUCUCGAGGUGUUCCGAAUGAAUGUGAUAAAUAACGUAUUAGAUAAAUCAAAGAAGGUAGGUUUCUCAGCCUCAGUCUCUUCCAGCAGCUCAUCAUGGAACAGUGGAACCUUGGUAUUCCCUUCUGUUAUCACUAAUGCUGGAAAUGGAUAUAAUCCUAGUACCGGAAUAUUUACUGCUCCUAUCACCGGGAUGUAUGUCUUCUUCGUGAAUGUUCAGGGCCACGGUGCAAAAACUAUUUUUGUAGACAUUGUGUUGAAUGGAUCAACUAAAGUCAGAACUAUGGCCUAUAGCACUGGUAAUGACUAUGACGACGCGGGUCCCAAUCUGGUGGUGUUAACUAUUCAGAAGGGAGACGCGGUGUGGGUCAAACAUUACUAUGGUGCUGGACCUUCUGUGACACAUGACCUCGGGUUUAUUCAGACUCAUCAGAACGACUUGGAAUCAAAUCCACGACCAAAAGGGCCAACUCCUUACAUCGCCACUCUAAGAGUAGACACUCUAAACACCGCAGGAGACGUAAAAUUGAAGAAAAGGAAAUCUAGAGUAAAGGACACAAUUGGAAACUAG